AUGUUAAGCGAAAACAGAUGGAAAGUGAUUAUGCUAGCGGCCGCGUCUUUCGUAGCCGCCGAGCCGAGUCGGGCGCUGAGCGUGUAUCAAAAACCUAUCGCCUUCCCCAUGUUCGUACCCAGAAACUACAGACGCAGGUUCAGAUCGAGAGUGAUGUUCCUAGACGAGGAUGAAAGCAACCAGCCCUUGGGACGAGGAGAGAUAGAUUUGACAGAACCAAAACAUUCCAAAAUAAAAUUCGAUGAUACAUCGGACUAUGAGUUCACGUCACCAGAAAUAAAAACAGAACACAAAGAAGAACCUUUCAAAGAAGAAUAUCCGUCUGGAAACGAGAGGUUCUACGAUCUGCCGCGUCUUCGACCAUUCGCUUAUCCCAAUUUCUAUCAGGGUAGGUUUAGUAGACCUUACGCUCCGAGUUUCGGGUUCGAUCCUUAUCAAGUUCCGUACGCGCCUCCAAGGACGGGUUUCUAUGGACCGAACUUGGCGAACGUCCCAAACGUCCCGAACGUUUUGAACGUCCCAAGCGUGGGAUGGAAGGCUCGAAGUCCUCGAGUGGUGUUCCCCUAUUCCCCAGACAGUGGCAGUAAUUCCGUGCAAACGAAUUCCCACGGCGGUCCAAAUUUCAAUGAGAAUGUUGUGUUUCGUGAUCAGAAUUUCGGUAAUGAAAUCGGUACGGAGGACCAAGGUCUGCAAGACAUUGGCAGCGGGAGCGACGCUUUCACGGAAAGAGAUGCCAACGAACCACAUCGAGCUCGAUACAACGAAAUUAAAAGAAUCGGAUUAUUAAAUAAUAAACACGAACACACAACAAAAUAUAUAAAACCUAUGUUCAUACAGACAGAAGUUAAAAUUAAAAGGAAGUACGCGUACGCUUCCAACGAAUCUGUGUUACCAGAAUUCAAACCGAUAUCUGACGCACAGAUAAAGAAAAUUAACGAAAUAAUCAGAGAAUUAAAGAGUACAAACAAAGUACAAUUUCCGAGUACAAAUGAAAAGAGAAAAGGGAGAUUAAUAGAUAACGUGCCAGAAGCUAGUUUUACGGAAAAUUCUAAGAAUGAUGAAACACAGUUUGAAAAGAACUGUUCACAAGGUGGGACCUGUGAAUUUUUCUUCUACUGCUGGAUGGUUGGUGGCCUUCUAGAAGGUUCUUGUGGUGGCUUACUAAAGAGUUGUUGUCACAGAGUAGCGAAAGCUGGUUUACUUGGUGUUCAAGACUCGAACAGUAUAGAGUACUCUGCGAAUGAAGGACACAGUUUUGGUCCAGUUAUAAACGAUGAAAGUUGCGGAGUAGCGGUUGGUAAGCAAACAGCACAGCGGAGGAUUGUCGGUGGCGAUGACGCAGGCUUCGGAACAUUCCCUUGGCAAGCGUACAUACGGAUAGGAUCGUCCAGAUGCGGCGGCUCCCUUAUAUCCCGACGCCACGUCGUCACGGCUGGUCACUGCGUGGCGCGCGCUCAGCCCCGUCACGUGCGCGUCACGCUCGGUGACUACGUCAUCAACUCGGCCGCUGAACCGCUCCCAGCGUACACGUUUGGUGUUCGAUCUAUUAAGGUCCACCCGCUGUUUAAAUUCACACCGCAAGCCGAUAGGUUUGACGUCGCUGUACUAACGCUGGAUAGGAACGUUCAUUACAUGCCUCAUAUUGCUCCGAUCUGCCUCCCGGAGCGAGGGUCCGACUUCCUGGGCCAGUACGGCUGGGCGGCGGGCUGGGGCGCGCUCAGCCCCGGCUCGCGCCUGCGGCCGCGCACGCUGCAGGCGGUCGACGUGCCCGUGCUCGACAACCGCGUGUGCGAGCGCUGGCAUCGGGCUAAUGGUAUAAAUGUAGUGAUAUACCCUGAGAUGCUGUGUGCGGGCUACCGAGGUGGUGGCAAGGACAGCUGUCAAGGUGACAGUGGAGGACCACUGAUGCUAGAACGUGCUGGCCGAUGGUACCUCAUUGGUGUUGUAUCAGCAGGCUACUCAUGUGCCUCGCGAGGUCAACCAGGCAUCUACCAUCGUGUGGCUCACACUGUUGACUGGAUAUCACAUGCUACCACCCUCACCUAA